AUGCGCACGUCAGAGGAGGAAACUUCGCCGCUGCUGGUGAGAUCCCAGUCUGGCUCCGAUUCCGGACCCGGGGAGGAGCAGCAUGUCCGGCAGCAGGAAGGACAAGAACAACAAGACGGAGGAGAACGAGAGGAUUGGUCAAUUGAGAAAAAGGCAAGACGGCUAUACGUCUCACACUUCCUGUCGACGAGCAACUCGCGCGUAUUCGAGUUCGGCAGCGUACUGUACCUCGCUGCCGUCUUCCCCAACACGCUUCUCCCGCUGUCGCUGUAUGCCGUCGCCCGGGGGCUGGCGGCCAUGUUCCUGUCGUCGACCGUGGGACGUUACAUCGAUACGGGGCAUCGGCUUGCCGUCGUUCGGCUGUCAAUUGUGCUCCAGCGUGUUGCCGUCGCGGCUUCGUGCCUAAUCUUCCUCGUGCUCGUGUGCGGUGCUGUGACUUCGGACCUGGCGCGGAGCUGGUCCUUUGUCGGGCUCGUGCUCCUCUCCUGUGUUGAGAAGCUGGGCUCCAUCAUGAGUCUCGUGUCGGUGGAGAGGGACUGGAAAGGGCCCAAGAUUGUCACCAUCGCCGAGGGCCACCGCGAAGCUCUUCCCGUCAUGAACGCCCAGAUGAGACGGAUCGACCUCGUGUGUAAGCUCGUGGGCCCGUUCGCCAUCGGCAUCAUUGACGGCUUCUCCACCGAGCUUGCCGUUGCCAUCAACCUCGGCAUGAAUCUGCUCUCCAUACCGGUAGAAUACAUCUUCAUUGCCCAGGGCCGAGGGGAUGGUCCGCACCCUCCUGCUCACGCACGGGGACCCGAGGAAGAGCAGCAGACCGACACAGGGCAGUGGCUCGUAACGGCCGGCUCCGAGCUGGUCCGCAAUACGCGUCUCUACUUCCACCACCCCGCCUUCCUCCCAUCCUUCUCAGGAGCCAUCAUGUACUUCACCGUCCUGUCAUUCAGCGGCCGCAUGGUGACUUACCUCAUGGCCGAGGGCUACACCUCAACGCAGGUGUCGGUCGCCCGCACGCUGUCGGUGUGCGUCGAGGUCAUGGCCACCUGGCUGGGGCCGUGGCUCAUGGGGCGCAUCGGCCCCGUGAGGGCCGGCCUGUGGUUCUCGAGCUGGCUGGCCGUCAGCCUUGCCGUGGCCGUCUCCCUCUUCUUGCUACUCGACGAAUACGACGGUGGAGGCGGUGAUGCGUUGCCGCCGUCAUCCCUGGCUCUCGUGGUCGGAGCCAUUCUUAGUCGGCCGGGAUUGUGGGGGUUUGAUCUAUGUUCGCAGCUGCUCAUACAAGAUGCUGUCGAGGAGUCGGAUAGGGGAGCCUUCUCGAUGACGGAAGCAGGCUGGCAAAACACCUUUGAGCUCAUGUCCCACGUGUCCACCAUGAUCUGGUCCGACCCUGAGCAAUUCGGCAUCCCGGCCACGGCCAGUGCUGCGGCCAUCAUCGGAGCCUGGAUCCUGUAUAGCAGGUUCGUUCUGCAGCAGCGUGGACACCUGCUCCACCGGCCCGCAUGCAUAUCUGGAUCGGAGAAGUGGUGGCGACGGAGACACCAGCAUGAGCAGGAGGGGGUAGUCAGACCCAUCCUGCCAUAA